UCGCUUUUGACCAGAAAGCCACAGAAAAGAAAAACAGGCCAUCGGGGCUCCUGUUGCGUUUGCGCCGAGCGCGAGCGCAAGGGGCUGCGCACAAGUGACGAAGUCACUAUCCAUGUCUUUCUUUUUUUCCCGCAUUUGGCGUUGUCCUUCCCCCACACUUCUCCACCACAGCAAAACCACUAGCAUUUUAAAUUCACUCUCAGUUUUCUAACGUUUAGAGACGCCUGUGGGGGAGGAAGUUUCCAAAUAGUUUUAAUGUCUCCCCAAUAAUUGCUCUAAUUGCAAUGCAACGAUGACGAAUAAGAAAAAAUGCAGGUUAAGGUCACAAGGAAAUACCGAUUCUACUUCUCAAGCAACUUACGACGCAACCAAAAACUGCAUUACAACUACAAAAAGUGGAUGUUACACUCGUUUUUUUCGAGGGAUGGUGGCGCCAGGAAAUAAAGUGCAGAGUCCUUGCGACCACAAGGGAGUGCACUCCUUGAACAAGCGGUCUCUGCUGCUCUACAUGGACUUUGAGGAGGACACCUUUAACAAGACCAAGACACGCAAGUUCAAGAGUCAGAGGUUUAUCAAUGUAAAGGCAAGCGACGCGGGGAGAUGUGCUAGAGGAGCCAACUUGACGGAUGGACACAUAGAACUAAUACCAAGCAGGCAGCCAAAAGUGAAUGACAUAACUGUUGCAUUAUGGAUAAAGCUUGAUGUGGUUUCGGGAAAGCAAACACUUGUACGGCUACUAGGUAGAGAGACUGGGGAGGAAAAGACUCGAUUCACCCUGGAAGUGCACGAGGGCAUGGUCAAGUGGGGGUGCUGGGUGAAGAAGGACAAACUCUUCCUCGCCAAAACACAGGCGGUUGUAGAAGCGCGUUUGUGGACGCAUGUCAUGUCCACCUUCAGCACACGAAGCCUAAAUGCUGCCAUCUACAUCAAUCAAGACCUGGUUGCCCAGGCAACCAUGAGAAAGGUGCGGUUCACCGCCUUUCCACUCACAUGGAUCCGAAAGAUUGAGAUUGGAUCCCCUUCCAAGCGACGGCGACUCAAAGGCAUAAUCGAUGAGCUGUAUGUACGGCGACGAGAUAAACUACCCAGCCCAACAACGCCAGUCACCGCAGACGUCAUCACUACACCACAUCAAACUCAAGGUCGGGUGACACGUGCAUUAGACGCUAGCCUUGUCGAGCAAGGAGCAAGCGAAUAUGAACUACGCUGUUACGUCUGCAAGGCUUUUAACAAGACAAAUCCCCGCGAUUACUGUUCUCCCGACGGCGGUCACGCAACCAAGACCAUCUGUCAAGGUGUCACGCCACUCAAAUGCAUUGAACAUACGGGGAUACACGAAGGCACGAGUUUCUUUAUUCGCGACUGUAAAGAGGAGUCGUUCUGCGAGGCUCGGAGUUGCACUGGUGAGCUAUGCACAAUGAAAUGUUGCGAGAGUGACUUUUGUAACCGCGCCUCGCACAGGGAAACCGCACCAUUGCAACUUAUCUUGACUUUAUUUUUGUUAAAUUUCGUUCUGAGAACAACCAUAUAACAAAAGUAAUAGCUUAAGAUGGUAUAGCUUAUUGGUACUUCAAGAUAUGCGAGAACAGAGCAGGGAAAAAAGGGGUAAAUAGUUAUCAAAGUGAGCAUCCAUAUUAAGUGUGGUCAAACCAAGAUACACUCUUUUUUUCUAAAAACGUUUACAUUUGAGAAAGCAUCACUCUAGACAAAAUAUUUUGCUUUUCUUAGCAUGUUCUUAGAAUUUGGCUAAAUCUUAGGCUGGGAAUUCCUUGUUAAAAAGGUUUUUUUUUAUAAAAUAAAGUGCAUCGCGACGUCCAACAAUAACAGAAGAUCACGACAUGAAUAAUAACUUACUAAAAUUAUCGAGCUUAGUUUUAGACAUAGCAAUAACAAGGUUCCCUUAGGUAUAUGGACAUCCUUAUUUUUCUUUGGUAUUGCUCAAUAAAGAGAAAUGUAUAAUGAAAUGUAUAAAGUACUUAUCAAACAAA